AUGGCUGGAAUCACUGCACAUUCUCAAACUUUGCAAUACGAAGAUGACGAAAUCAAUGAGAUGAAAAAGACUGGCAUUUCUUGUGAUCGUUUACGUCAAGCACUCAAAAAAUGCAUCAAAAAUUCGCACUGCGUUCAAGUCGACGCUCGUUCGGCAAAAGAUUGUAUUGAUGCACAUGAUGGUACGGUACCCGACAAAUGUUUUGCGAUUCUUCAAAAUUUCACCGAUUGUAAAAGAAGUCUUGUCGAUAUGCGAUCAAGGUUCCGCGGAAGAAAAGGUGAUAUUUAA